UCGACCGUGGCUCCAUGGCUGUGGCUCUCUGCGCUGGGAGGGAGCAGAGCAGACAUGUCGGAAACCUCCCACGAGGGGCCCCGUGUAAUUCGAUGCACGCUGUUAAAGCUUAGGGUAUAUUGUCUGCUCUUGCUUAUGAAGCCUCCACCCACUGGCCCACCCUACAUUUAGUGGAUCAUGUGACUGUGGUAAGUCAUUUGCAAGUACAACAGUUCUCUGUGAGCCCCCAUUCAUUUCCUGAGAACUACCCAGAGCAGCUGAGAGGAGCAGAGCAGAGGGGAGGGAGUCUCAGAGAGCGAGCGAGGAGAGGAAGACAGAGUGAGAGAGAGAGAGAGAGAGAGAGAGAGAGAGAGAGAGAGCAGACUGUAUAAGGAGAACAGUUUCUGCCGCUCUGCAGCUCCUGAUCAGACGCCAUCAAUAACAGGAUGUUAAUGCUUGACGGAAUGCCAGCAGUCAAAGCAGAGCCUCUGGAAUCUGAGAGAGGGUCCCCUAAAGUGCACAGCUACCCUGAUAUGGAGGCGGUGCCCCUUCUCCUUAGCAAAGUGAAGGCAGAGCCACCGGAGGACCUGCUCUCUUCUGAGCACUUUCACACUCAGACAGAACCCGUGGACCUGUCGAUCAACAAGACUCGGUCCUCACCUCCUUCGUCCACUGCCUCGCCCAUCACUUCGGCCUUCUCUCCAUCCUCCUCCUCUUCGCCUUUAUCGUCAUCGCCUUCUGUCAUCGCCUCCAUCUCUUCAGGAAAGGCCUCAGUGUUGACUCCUGGGCCUCUGGUGGGCUCUUCCUCGGGGGUCCGAGGCCAGUCAUAUUUACACAUCAUCCACCCAGUGCCGCCUUCCAGUCCCAGCAAACUGGCCAGACAGGUGCAGCGCAUCCCCGUGGUGGUGCAGUCCCUGCCGCUAAUGUACACUACAGCGGUGCGCUCGCCCUCCAACCAUCUCAACUCCACCAUCAUGGUCCCUCUGCUGGACGAGGCCAAGAACCAGGGCAAAGCAGCACAAUCAGACCUAAACGGCUUGUCCCCGAGACAAAUCAGAAGUGACAGUGAUGAUGACGACCUGCCAAAUGUAACCUUGGACAGCGUCAACGAAACAGGAUCCACCGCGCUGUCUAUAGCACGAGCAGUGCAGGAUUCCAUGUCACCGUUCAGUAUUGAGAGCAUGCGACGGCCGCGGCGGUCCGAGUCUCCAGACUCUAAGAAGAGGCGCAUUCAUAGAUGCGACUUUGACGGCUGCAAUAAGGUUUACACUAAGAGCUCCCACCUAAAAGCACAUCGGAGAACACACACAGGUGAGAAGCCGUACAAGUGUACCUGGGAUGGCUGCACAUGGAAGUUUGCUCGCUCGGAUGAGUUGACGCGGCAUUAUCGGAAGCAUACGGGAGUGAAGCCUUUCAAGUGCGCGGACUGUGAUCGCAGCUUCUCACGGUCAGACCACCUGGCCCUGCACCGGCGCAGACACAUGCUGGUCUGAGUGAAGGCCACUUCACACACCUUCUCUCUCUCCCACACACACACACACACACACACACACACACACUCACACACACAUACACACACACACUCAUAUACGCCGGGGGAGCUGGGUCUUUCCUUGCACUUGUUCAGCUGGGCUGAACACGGUCAUGGCCAUCUCAGGCCCUGGUGAGAAGUGAGAGAGAGGAGGUUUUUGAAUGAUGCGUGAUGGACAGAAUGUGCUGAUAGAGCUGAACAGGGUCUGCCUCAAGGACGGAGCAAUGCUCUACAGAUCUGGGCUCAUCUUGAAGUUUCAGGACAUCUUGAACCGGAGCACUUGUCCAGAUCCUGGUUGUUGGUUCUUGCGUGAGAGUUCUUCUGUCUGCAGUUGUAUUUUUUUGUUGUUGUUUUGUUUUGUUGUUGGUUCGUUUUUAUAUUUAGCAUCCUUGUUUUGUUCUCGUUUAAAAUGUCUGUUUCCCCUUUGCCAUCAACAAUGUGAAGAACUGCAGUAUUGAAUGGCUUCCUCUUCUGAGAUCUGGAGCUUGAUAUUGUAGGCGCAGCCAGGUUCCUACAGGAACAACAUUUUUUAAAAAAAAAAAAAAGCCAGCACACCUGAUUAUUAGAGCGAGAGCGAGAGCGAGAGAGAGACCCUUAGUCAGCGAUACCUAAGGUGAGGUUGCUGGAGAUUUUUCAUAUAACACAAGCUCGCAAAUCAUCGAGUGAGAUUAUACCCACAGCAGGUGACACGUCACAGAUAUCAUGCAGUUUAUAUAUAUAUUAUAUUUCAUUUUCCGCUGAUGUUGGUUUUCACACUAAAACUGUUUUCUGCAGCACAGCCACUGACGUAUAUGGGGUACAUUUGGCUUUAAGAACUCUCAGCUGGCAUUUUUCGGUCCUUUAUAGUGAUCAACAGGGAUAUCAAACAGUGCAUUCGGUUCUGUGAUUAGCCAGUGAGUGCGAUUGUACUCUGUUCACGUUCGAAUCCUUUUCUCGGCUUAAGAUAUAAGGGCCCUGAUAUAAACUAAUACAGUAGAGCACUAUACUCAUCACACACAACACUGACCUCCACCAUGUUUGACUGGCUGACACAAAGCUCAAUGCCCUCUUUAGCUUUGAGGAAAUUUGGGUGUAGAAAAAAACAAAACAAAAACAAAAACACAAACGCAAAACACUUCUGCUAAUACGUGAUCCGUAUCUGAUGACGUGAUCCGGUUUUGUUAUUUUUUUUUUUUGGUUGGUUUUUUUUUGUACUUGAACGGACAAUACAAGCCAGGAGAGCAAUACACUCACUCUAGAGUGACGGGAGAGGGAGAAGGCCUCAUGGCCGUCUCACUUACUCCACCAACCGAGGGCUUUUAAAACAUGGACAAAUCGCUGGUUUUCUACCAUUGCCACUUGUUUUUUCUAUACUAGAGAAUCUUGUAUAUUUGUAAUGGAUUUGUAGCUCUAACUUUUAAAAUAGCAAUAACGUAUUGCUAUUUUAGUCUCACACCUAAAGGACUUGAAUGCACUCAGAAGAAUAGAUUUUCUUUUUUGGCAGGUUUGCCCAAAUUGAAGGUCAUUUUGUUCCCAUAAACUCUCAUGAGACACACACACACACACACACACACACACA